AUGCUUUUUGGACAUGGUUCCAUCAUUGAUGACGCAUGGCUGGCGAUACCGGUGUCUAUAAAAGGCCUUGUCUCUUCGAUCCGUGCAAUCCUUACCUGUCUCGUGCUUCUGCUGUUAUUUCAUAUUCCGCAUUCCAUCAUGGUGGAACCACGUGAAAAUCUAUCUCCCAUGUCUCCUUUCACUGUCUUCGAAGACGCCGCGGUCUCAUCUCCAGCCGAAGCCCAAACUCAGACUCUGCGGUACUCAUACUCACAGCUUGGCCCGCAACUGAUCCCCCCGGACCACGUGGCCCUAUAUCUCAAUCGUUGCAGGGAAUUUGAAGGAUUCAUUGCUGGAUUGGCAUCGCAUCGUGACGCCCUUCUUACUGCUUUGCACGAUGUGAGGGCGCAAAAUGCGAUGCUUCAUCAAAUGGUCACAUUGGAAAAAAGAAAGAGACUUGGCUAUGAACUUGAUACUGCCUCACUGCGCGCCGAAAACCAAACUCUGAGGAGCAUAGUCAACCAUAUCAGUCCAAUUAUGGCGGGGCCCGGUCAACCAGCUACUAUCCAAGAGCUCUUUUUUGCCUCACAUCAGCAGGAGGCGGUCAUCGCCCGGCAGAGCAAGACCAUUAGUCAGUGCAAGGAACACGUUCGUGAGCUGCAGCUGGAGCUAUCGCGGGUAUAA